AUGAGCUGCAGCAGUGUUGCGGGUUCAGAGUUUUCCGAGGAGGAGCUGGAGCUCGGCGUGCUGGGACAAGGUGAAGAUGAGGGAAGUCCAAAGCCAUCCUUCCAGGACAGCGAGGGCUCCACCUGCAGCCCCGGCGACCCCGAGGAGAGCCCCUCCAAGAAGCGCAACCGCCCUGUCCGCUCCAAAGCGCGAAGAAUGGCUGCAAACGUACGGGAGCGAAAGCGCAUCAUGGACUACAACCAAGCCUUCAACGCUCUCCGCGUGGCUCUGAAUCACGACCUCAGCGGCAAACGGCUCUCCAAGAUCGCCACUCUUCAGCGAGCCAUCAAUCGCAUCUCCGCUCUCUCUGUGUUCCUGAGCUCCAAUCCUCCCAGCAAGCCCUGCACCCACCGGGAGUGCCACAGGUCACCCGCGGGCUCGGGAACGAUGGCGGCGUCUCGCCUGGAGCAGAGCAGGGGGACGGUUCCCCGUCUGGAGCAUCAGGGCUACGUCCCCUGGCACGCCUCCGUCCCCCAGCAGAUGCAGCCUCAGCAAGGGCCCCACGUGCACAGGCUGGCCGCAGACCCCCACGUCUACAUGGAGGGCGCUGUGUCGUCGUGCCCCCCGUCCCCACACUACCCUUGUUAUCCAGCCGAGGGUCAGCUUUACGCCUCACAUGGACACUACAGCAGCUCCCACGAUCACCCGCCCAGCCCGGUGCGCUACCCUCAGAUGGGCGAUGCGGCGGGGUACCAGCCGGGGAUGUGGGCCUCCUGCACUCAGGGAUACAUCGACACUUUUAUGGAGCCGCCAGCCACCCUCGGGCUUCCGUGGCAGGUGAGCUACCUGCAGGAGCCGGAGCACAGCCUCCCUUUGUGCUGA